GCCCGCGCGUCUCCCCGCGCCGGCCGCUCCCGGCGGUGCCGGGGGUGCUGCGGGGAACGCACCCCAGGGCCCCCGCAGCUUGCUGGCAGCCCUGAGGCUGCGCAGAUGGCCGCGGCCCCCCUCCCCGGGCUCCCUGUUAUAGCCACAGCAUGAGUCACAGCCCCGGUGUUGUCCCUGCCCAGCGCCGGCCACGCCGGGUCAUGUAACACCCGCGGCCGCGCUGGAGCGGAGGGGGCUCCGCUGGCUGCCCACGCCACCCCCGGCCCCGCCACUGUCACCCUGGGCGGCUGCGCGACCCCCGACUCCCUGCUGGGGCCCCCGGGGGUGACCGCGGCGAUGGCCAGCUGCCCCCGCUCCCCACCGGAGCGCUGCGGGUUAACGCCGAGCGGAGCCGGGAUCCUGCGAGGCCAGUAACAUUUGGAAGGCGCCAGAUGGACGCGUGCCCGUGCCGAGGGCUCGCUCGGCACAGCCAUGCUCCCCCGGCGCUGGGGCUGGGGGGCUGCCCGGGGCAGCAACGGGGCGCCCGCCGGGACGGGAGGAUGCUGACAAUGCGCCCACCGGGGUCCUGGGGCCGCUGGUGCCCACCCACACCCCAGGCCGGGCACCGGCGCCGCCCGAGCCCAGCCCCACCGCGCCCGCCAUGGGGUGAUGGGGUCCAGGUGCUGACACCGCGCCGGGGCGACCAGGUACGCAGGCAGCUGUGCCGGCACCUGGAGGGGCGGCACCCACCUCUGUGGACACAGGAUCACCGCGACUUGGAGGUACAAGGCCCCUCGGCAGCACACACGAGCUCCAGGGACCCCCCCAGGCACCCAAAACACCGGGACAGCACUGCAGACCCCACCCCAUACCCCGCUGGUGGCAGUGGACUCCACUGGGGUUUCACCUCAAAACAAGGUUUUUUCUCCCCCUUGAGAGGCCACGGUGCUCCACCAAAAGCUGGGGAGUGUAAAGAAGGGCUCUGCCAGUGCCACGCAGCGGGGACAUGGAUAGCGACGGGGAAACUGAGGCAGGAGCAGGGUGGGCAGCCCGGAGUGCUGAUGGAAACAGGGAGCUGCAGCCAACCACUCCAGAGGACCGAGGCAUCCUGUAGUGCCCCAGGCUCCCACCCCGCUGCCCCCAUCUCCGGUUACACGGCGGCUCAGGCUCCCCGGGAUGGGGACCGGAGCACCCGGGUCUCUCUGCACCCACCCACGCCGCACUGGCACCACCGGCCCCUCGGAGCACACACACCUAUAGACACACCAAUGUUUGCUCUCCCCCCUCGCCGGGGAGCUUUCCAUUAAAAUUGGAAGAACACAACUUGCCGGCAGAGCCCCGGCGCGGAUCGUACACAGCCUGUCACUCACACAUCACUUUGUAGAUGCCCAUAAAUUGCUUCAUUACCUCUUCUAAUUGAGGAGAACGCAGCUGCUGUGGGGCGGUGACGGAGCGCCUUCCCUUUGAAGGAUGCCUUGCUCGCCAAAGACGGGUCCGGCAGAGCCGCAGAGCCCCACCAACAUCCCAAUAAUAAUAAUAAUAGUAAUAAUAACCAUAAUGACAGUAUCCAAGCAAAAUCCCCUGGAAAAGGGCAGCGGGGCUCACAUGUGAUGGAGCCUGCUUGAGGGAGGGGGCUGAGGGGCUUGGUGGCCCUAUACUGGCGGGGAAACUGAGGCACAGGGAAGGAUGCACCACGUGCAGGGAAAGGGCGGGCAUAGAAACCCCUGCAUCACAUUGGGAUGUGGAAAGGGGAACACGGUGGUGACAACAUUUAGGGAAAACCCAAACGCAGAGGACUGAGCAUCUCCCUGCCCGCAGAUUUGGGGGGCCAGGAGAAUGCACAGCACCACCCAAAACUCCCUGGAGAACUUCCCACCCUGCCCGAGGGCUUCAUUCUCCCAUCUUCGCCGGCACGACGCCAGGGGUCCUGCCACCCUCUGGUGCCCUCGUGCCCUGUGCCCCAUCCCCGCGGGGGCCCCCCGUCUUUGUCUGGCGGCAGCGGGCGGCUGCGGCUGGGCUCGGUCCCCUUGCAGGAUACUGCAGAAGGAUUUACUGUAUUGCAGCUUGUGCUGGCUGCAGCCCAGCGCACAAUAGAUUAGCUGUAGCCCAGGGCAGCACGUUGCGGGGGAAGGAAGGUGGGAUUCAUCCGGCUGCAGAUUGCAGGGCAUUUGCUGCAGUAUCCUGCAGGAUCCGGACACUUGCUCUGGACACCCCAUCACCCUGCUCCAGCCUGGCAGAGGCACCUCGAGGGACUCGUGCGGCCCCCUCCUCAUCCCCUCCACCAAAUUUGAUGGCGGGGAUGUUUCUCGUGGCCACACGGGCUGGGGGACACCCUGCUUGCCCCCUAUCCCCGUUUGGAGGUCCACAGGGGCUGCGAUCCCCCAUGGCACACAGGUGCUGCGGGGGACACCGGGCCCCCCUCGCUGGGUGUGACGGCACAAAGCUGGUGCAGGGAGGGAGCCAGGGACUGCAAGCAGCACUAAUUGAUCGCGAUUAAUUCAGCUCCUACCUCCUCGGGUGGCAGGAGAGAUGCUGAGACACAAGCGCAGCCCACAGAGCUCCCCAAACGGGCUCUGCUCUCCCCCGUGCCCACCCCUUCCCCCCAUGGGGGACCCACGCUGCCAGUCCCUGCGGGUCUGGGGGUCUCUGGUGGGUGUCCCGCUCCUGCUGCUCCCUCAGAGGUGCUGGGGAUGGGUCCUCGGUGCAGACCCACGUUCCCGGGGUGCUGUUUGAGGGUGAGGGUCCUGCUAGCCACCACCGUCUCCCCCUGAGAUGCAGGGAGAGCACACGGGGAGAUGAUACUCAGGCGAUGGCACGAGGGAGCAGACGGGACGGGGUCGCUGAUGGCCUCGUGGUGACACCGUGACAUCUCCAGCAGCGUCACCAGCCAGUGGGUGCAAACCAAGGGACACGGGAGUGCUGCUGCCACCUCCUCCAGUACCCGGAUGCCACCCCACUGGGGAUACUGGGCACCCCGCGGGCACCCCGCAGGCGCCGCGGGCAGGGGGGGCUGGCGCUGCGGGCGGGGGGACCCCGGUGACCGUCUGGAUUUGGAGGGGAGUUCGGAGCCUGCGGAUUCCGGCUCCAUAAUCCUACGUGGGAUGCAGUUUCCACAGCAACAGCGGGUCAGAGGGCAGCGAGGGGAGCCGGCUGCUCCGCUCGGGAUUGCAAUCCUGCCGCCGCUGCCGAACGCCGCCGGGGCGCGGUGCCGGGGCGCGGUGCCGGCUGGACCACGGCAGGGCCGCGGUGGCGAAGGCAGGCGGCGCACGGGGGGCCGCGAGGGGCGCGGGGGCGGCCGGGCUGGUGCUGCCGGGGAGGCGGCAGAGGCUCAGUGUGGCGUUGUCAGCAAAGAUGUCACUAAUUGUCUGCAGGAGCAGCAAACUCUCGUUAACCCUUGGGCAGCCGGCGGCGGGAGCGCUGGCGGGGCCGGGGGCACCCGGGGACCCGCUGCCGAGUGCCCUGGGGCCGUCCCACCCCUGCCACCGCCCCCCUUGCACGGCUCUGGGAGAGUCACCUCACUCACCUCCCCCCGGCGCGUCCCAGCUGGUGACCGUGGGCAGCCCACUCGUCCCGUGGCCUCUGGCUCUCUCCCCACUGCCCGUGGUCGUGCCACCACUCGGGCGAGCAGGAGCACAGGGGCAAAUGCCGUGCCAGGGCCGCUGAGCAGGGUCACCUCCAUCCCCGGCUA